AUGAAUAAAGCAGAGAGUCGGACAAAUGAUAGGGGCCACUUGCUGUCAGAGUUCGAGAGCGCGGAGACGCUGCUCAUCUCGGAGGUGCACAUGCUGCUGGAGCACCGCAAGGCACAGAACGAGAGCGCGGAGGAGGAGCAGGAGUUCUCGGAGGUGUUCAUGAAGACCCUGACCUACACCAACCGCUUCCGCAAGUUCAAGAACAAGGAGACCAUCGCGGCCAUUCGCAGCCUCCUGAUGCAGAAGAAGCUGCACAAGUUUGAGCUGGCCGCGCUCGCCAACCUGUGUCCCGAGACGCCGGAGGAGGCCAAGUCGCUGAUCCCCAGGUACGCACGCCCCUGCGCGGCCGUGCCGUGCUUGGAAGGCAGGUUCGAAGAUGAGGAGCUGAGGCAGAUCUUGGACGACAUCCAGACCAAGAGGAGUCUGCAGUACUAG